GCAUUUUAGAUAAUAGGUUUUCCAUAUAAGGGAUUCCUUACCUGUACAUCUAUUAUAUAAAUUAUUCAUAGUAUAUCUCUGUUUUACUUAUUUAAAUGAAAAUUGAGAAGUGAUAUCUGUAAUUUUUUAGUCUUAUCUUAUUUUUUUUAAGGAUAGUGUGGUAUCAUUGUCUAUAUAAAUAUUGGUAGAUUUAAAAAAACAUUUUUGCAAGUAGAGAAUUUAAAGAAACUUUGUGGCAAAUUGUGGCUAAAAAGAGAAGUGUGUGUGUAUAUCCUUGCUGAGUACUGUAGUGGGUUAAAAGGGAAAGUAUUGCAGGCGACUGUGAAAAUAUUUUGCAUAAAAUAGCCCUUAGGUAACGCACUGCUUUAUAUAAAUAAUCAUUUUUGUAAACAUAAACUUUUAUCGUUGUAUGUGCCAUUGGCUAAUUCCAAGUACAAAUUAGUAGUCCACUGAUUCACAGUGCACACAAACAUGCUAGGUAUAUAUCGGCCAAUGAACAGAGGUCUGUAAGCAGUUUGUUUUCUUGGGAAUUUUACAGUGCUCUUUCUGAUGCAGCUAAAUUUUAUCUUGCUUUUAAAGUGGAAGGGCAACACAAAAAUUUAAUGUUUGUUUGCAUAAAGAGAGAAAAAGUAAUUCAAAGGCAUUUCCUAAUAUACUAAUAUAUUUUUCAUUGAAUUUAUUUGUAAUUACGUUAGCGGUUUCUGCGUGUCCUUUGCUGUUAUCUUCUUAGUUUGCCAGACUACUGACACAGUGUAUGAGAAAUUAACUCUAGCAUUACUUUGACAAGCUGACAACAACUUAAAUCCACUGAAUAGUUGCUUAGAAUUGCAUUUUUUUUUUAAAAAAGCACUUUUUGGAUAAGCCCUUUAAUAUGUUCAUGCUACCUUAAACUGUAUACCCACUGCCAUCCUAUUUAAAUCUUACACCAUAUGCUUAUCAAAUAGUAAAGAUAAAAUUCAUCUUAAGGCUAAUGGCACAGGUCCUUUUUACUGAUUGCUAGUGGAGACGAGCCCAUCCGCUGCCUUCAGCACCUUGUAUAUGUUUGCACCUGUCAUAGAACUCACAAUAAGGAUUUUGUCAUGGAAAGACUAAAUGCUUUUUCUUACAAAGGUCUGCUGUGUGCAGAAGUCAAUGGAUCAGCCUGAUGCAUUUGUGUUGCCUAAAGUUCACAAGAACACAUCUAAAUGCCAUGAGCUUGGAUAUGGUUUUGGAAUACUUCUUGUUGACAAACCGUAAUAUUUUUGUUGAAAUUAGUACAAUUUUGGUCAUGAACUGGUGAACUUGCGAAGUCUUCACCCGCAAACGGAUCAGGUCUUUGAUACAGAUGUUUUUUUCCUGUCCACAAUUUCUGUUAAAGACCCUGCAUUCUGAUAUUCUACUAUAUGCCCAGGAUAUUUGUAUCAUGGAGUAGAAACGUUUUAAAGGGACAAUGUACUCUUUUCAACACUGGUUCAGUUAAUAGGGCUUGUGCUGAGCAUACAUUCUGUUUGUUUUUGUUUUUUUUUAAUAAAUGUUUUUAUUUAUGUUCACAAAAGAAAGAAAAACAAAAUUAAACAAAGUAUAUAAAUAAUCUGUUCGGAAUUUGGAAGACCAACAGGAAAUGCCAUAAAUUACAUAGCUUAACAUAUAUAGAUAUUGAACAAGAUAUUCACACGAUUUAACUAUGACUAACCAACGGCAGAUUUAAAGGAGGGAAGGACCAUACCCAAAAUAACAUCCCAGGCACUCAUAGAUUACUUGUGGAUAGCAGACUAUUGAUAUGGUGACUCCUGGGGGGUGAUUGACGAUUCCGUGACUGUGAACUAUAAAGAUUCUGUAUAUAUUGUGUGGUGUCCCGUACUGCAUUGUUGCUGAGUAACAGUUCUGUAUCAAACCACGUGGUAUGUCGAAAUGUGUAAAUCGUUAAAUGUUUAGUAUGAGUGGGGAGUGAGAAUAUGUAUGUCAUCCAGGUCGAAAAAAAAUUUUCUGUGUAUUCCUCUUUAUUUGUAGUGGUUUCUAGCCAGUCCAUGUGAAAGAUAUAGUGAAGUUUUUGUUUAACUAGCGAAAGUGGGGGUACCGAUGGGGAAAGCCAAUGAUGAAGAAUAGCUUUUCUAGAUGCUGCCAUUAGUCUUUCCGCUAGGCGGCUCUCAGAUCGUGAUAGUUUCAGUUGUGAAGGGGGAAUCCCAAAAAGCACCCAUAACAAAGAAAAGGGAGCCGUCUGUUUAGUUAAAGAUCUCCAGUAUCCCUGUACAUUUUCCCAAAAUUUCUGUAUUACGGGGCAAAGCCAAAUGCAGUGUACCAGGUCUGCUCGAGACUGAUGGCAUCUCAGACAGUUGUCCCUGUCCAAGGUGCCAAUAUGAUAGCGCCUAAGCGGUGUAAGAUAGGAAUGAUGUAAGAUCUGUAGUGACAUUUCUUGGUAUUUGCUUGAAGGUAAUACCCGCAUAGUUUUUGCAUGAUAUUGAAGUAUUUGAGCAGUAUCUAUUUGCGGAAGUAUUGAGGUCCAUUUAGCUAGAAAAGUAUCUGCUGAUUCUAUUGGCAAUGUCGUUCGAAGAAUUCGGUAUAUUUGGGAUGUAGUUUUGAGUGAGUCGUUUUUAGGCCAUAGUGCAUUUAUCGGAUUAUCUUUGUCCGAUGUUGAAGAACCGUUUUAGUGAAAUGGAUAACUUGAAUUGAAAGUAAAUAGUCGUUGGAGAGAAAAGGGAAUUUUUGAAGAAGAGAUUCCUUUGGUGGUAUAGUGAAAGUCUCACUAAUAAUAUCUUUUACCAAUCUAAAAUUUUGAUUCUGCCAAUCCACAACUGUCUUAUUAUUUUUCCCUAUUGGGAAAUUUGGGUUACCAAGCCCUGUUUGUUUUUUUAACUUGGAAAUAUUUAUAGAUUUUGCAACUUCUUCCUCUAAAUAAACCUAAUGCUGUAGUCUACUUCCUGAUCCCAAGGAGCAAAGUCACUCAAACUAGUAGUUCACUGUGUCGCCUCUGUAUAAUGAGCUGUUCUUUAUCUAAAAAGGCUGUGGUUGGUUUGUUUGAUUUUCCUCUUUGAGAUCAGGAAGUAGAAUAUAGUUUGUUUAAUUUUCAAAUUUUUUCUAAAUAAAAUAAAAUAAAUAUUUUCUAAAAAAAUAUGCAAAAAGUAUGUUCAGAACAAGUUCUAUUCACUGCAAAGUAAAUAUUAGAUGUGAAAAAUUGCGAUGAGGAAAAUUCAAGUUUCUAGUAGCCUUGUACUGUCAUGCUUACUAAAGCUAGCAGUGUCUUCAUAGAUUAGUCAACUUAAGAUGUAAGCAACUCGUUUAUAAUUUGCUAAUACAAUAACCACAAGUAAGGCUUCUAUACUAAAUAGUUGUGACAUUUUGUACAAUUUGUGCAAAGAAAAUGAUGGUUUUGUUGUACGUUGAUCACCAACUUGUCCUAUCUUUUUUCCUGAAAAAAAUUGAUGUAUGCAACCAAAAUUCACUGGGAAGAGUAUAUACAUGGUGGUAACUAAGAUCUUAUCCAUUGUGACCUUAGAUAGUUUCAAGAAAGGGAUGACUUUUUGGAAAGUGAACCAAAACAAAGGCUGAACUUGAGUCUUGGACAUGAGUCCUUUUUCCCCCCAACCUCAUCUACUAUGUUACUAUGUAUGUUGCUAUGUGGCAUAACAUUUACUAUAGUGUAAUGCCACGUUAGUCACUUGUUAUGCUCCUGAAACUGGUGGUGUCCACAUCCCCAGAGCAACAUAUUCUUUUACUUAGUAUUUUACAUUUGCAGCCUUCUCCCCAGCAGAAAUGGUGGGAAUACUUCCUGGCUCUACAGACACUGCUGCUACAUUUUCUGAUAGUAAUAGUGGAAAAAGAAGUAUGAAGACCAGCCACCAAGAUUUCCUAAUUGAGAGGCCCAUUAAAUGUGAACCUUCCCCAGUAUCUAUGGAGUCAGAUGAUUUGCAUAGAUUGGCAAGAGAGGACAUACUCAAAUUUGAGAUUGGUGACAUUUCUGAAAAUGAAGCAGAUGACACCUCUGAAUUGGAAACUGAUGCUCAUGAAGAUACCCUUAUGACAGAUGAGUUUGCUGGUCCAAUGACACUGCCAAGAAUAAGGAAGAUGCGCUUCUCAGACGAAGAGUUAAAUGUUUUAGUACAAGAGGUACAUGAUAAUAUGAGCCAACUGUUUGGUGAGCUCAGUGUAAGGACACCUACAGCUGUCAAAAACAAAAUUUGGGAGGGUAUUGUGACAAAAGUCAAUGCCAUUGGAGUCACCACCCGAACAGUUAGCGAAAUAAAGAAGAGGUGGCAUGAUCUCAGGCGGCGCACCAAGAUGAAGUUAAGUGUCUUUGAACCAAUUGGCCACCAUCUUGCAGCGGUACCCCCAGUUUUUCAACCCCCUCACCACCAAAGACUGUUACAAGAGACUAUACAUCCCCAUCAGAUCCAAGGGAUUUCAGAUUUGGACACAAGUAGUGCCAUUUUUACAUCAAAUGCUGCCAUGACAACUACCCAGGACACAGAAGAAUAUAUUGAUGACAUGGUGGAGCAGGAGAGGAGGUGCGCAGAAGUAACAGAAACAACAAGGCAGCAAAGCAUGCCAACCUUUCACAGAGAGCAUAGGGGUGACAACCAUCAUUUCUCAGACCAUUUGAAGGCCAGCCAAACCACUCAACAAAAACUCAUAUCAGAAAUUCGUUUGUUACGCAAUGAGAUGAGCCAGUCAGCACAAAGUCUGCAGCAAUCAAUUGAUGUGCAUUUGGCCCAUAUAGCAUCAUCAAUUGAUAUACAUUUGGGGCAUAUAGCCUCAUCUAUUGAAAAGCAUCUUGGCUUGAUCGCUACAAAUAUGUUAACACUUUCUCACAAUAGAGCACCGCAUUCUGAGUCAUUAUCAGGUCCUGGUAAAGACUCCCCUAGCUCUUCCGGAUAUCCCUCAGUCCCAGUAUACCCAUGUUGCAGCAGCACAGAAACUUGUGAUGUCGCCGAUCAAAUCAACACACAAGUAUCUAAUGCAACCACCCAGUUUACUUUGGACAGAGGGGCUUCUCAAAAAAUAUCAAAGUUGCCUGUUAAAAGAAGAGCACAAUCCCAUGAUCCAUCUGAAUUUAUUGAUUCCAGAUGCUAACGUGGACUGGAGGAUUUCAUUAAUUCAGCUUAAGACUCUAGAAAAAAUGAAUAUGGAUGGAUGGAAAAAAACUCCAUGUGUAAAAGACAGUGCUGAGGUCUUGCUGAUUGAUGGCACAGGAGUCACUACUAAUGAAAAAGGAGAUGAUUCACAUUCAGUUUGUGAAAUACCAACAAAAUGUGGGGAUCUAAGAAGUAAUACAUUGGCAGAUAAAAUAGAUGGGAAUGAUACAUGCUCUAGUAAGAAAGAAGAGCAGUUUAAAUGUACUGUCUGUGGAAAGCUUUUUCAUUGGCCCUCCCAUUUAAGGCAUCACAUGCAGAGUCAUACAAAUGAAAGGCCUUACAAGUGUUCUGUUUGCCAUAAGGGAUUUAAAGAUGGCCACAAACUCAAUCGCCAUCAGCAAAUGCACCCAGAAUUUAAACAAGACUUUGCAUAUAGGAAAGUCUACAAGUGCUAUAUCUGUGACAAACCUUUUAAGUUCCAAUCAGACCUAGACAAGCAUACGCUUAUACACAGCGAGGAGAAACCCUUCAAAUGUCCAAUAUGCAGCGUAGGCUUCAGACGCCUUGACCAUCUAAAAAGGCAUAAUUUUGUGCACACUAGCGACAGGCCAUUCAAAUGUAGCAUUUGUGGGAGAGGAUUUGUGGAAGCCACGGAAGUUCUUAAACAUGAGAGAAUUCAUUCUGGUGAUAAACCAUACAAGUGCAAGUUUUGUGACAAAAGUUUCUAUCACCCUCGAAGUCUGAAAGAACACUCUGCUGUCAAGCAUGCCUUGGCUGGAGAAGAAAUGAAAAAGAUAUAUAGUGAUGAUGUCCUUUGCAAACUUCCAACAACCAAAGAAAAGGCUGAGCAAUAUCCAGAAGACAACAGAACAGAACAAGUUGAUCUUGAGUGUCAUCCUUCAGAAAGCGGACCUCAUGAAAUAGUUGUUUAUCUUUCUGAUGAUGACUGAAUCAAUGUAGAUGAAAGCCGCAGAUGAUUACUGGAAAAUACAAUUAGGAUACUAUUUUUAAAAGUGGUUUUGCCAGAAGACAAUACAGGAUCACAGCAGUAAAAAUGCACUUUUUACUUCUGAAUACCUUGGCAACUAUUUUUCUGGGGCACAUGGUCUUAUCUACUUUCUUCCAGUCAUGUUAUUCUAUAACUGAUUAUGUACAUAAAGCACCAUUUUAUCUUUUCUUCUCUUAACAGGCUUUAAAUCAUUAAAUGGUAAUUUGGGUAUCAGAUCAAGCCUGUGUUUCAGAUUACAGACAGGUGAAGGCUUGUUUAUCAAAAGUCAAAUUUUAGUGAUUUUAGAGGUUUUUGAAACUCACUUUCUCUAAAAUCACGAAUGUCAUGAAAGUUGUUAAAAGAUCAGAAUAUAAAAGGUAUGAAUGAAAAAACCAAACACUUGGCAAUGCACUAAGAAAUACGAAAACCUCAAAAAAAUCACGUUUUUCAGAUAAUUACUAGCAAAAAAAAUCAGAAAACCUCUAAAACUCUGAAUUGAUUUAAAAAUGGUCCAAUAAGAUCAGAAUGGCUUCCAUUGACUUCAGCAGCUUUUACCUGGCAAAUUUUUGUAUUAGAGGUUUUCAUGGUUUUUACGCUUAAUGAAUGUUAAUUUUUAUAGAAUAGAAAUCCGAAUGUUGUAAAUCAGCCCCCUAGAGUCAUUUGAAAUUCUAGUAAAUUUCCCUUAACAGUAAUUAAAGCUUAUUAUUGAUAAUCUAACUAACCUUGACCUAUUUCUUUGUCUUUUUUUUUAAUUUUUUUAAUUAUUUGUUUUCAGAUUAAAUUACUCUUUAAGUAUUAUAAUAUAGUCAAAUAAACUUCAUGUGUAUGUGUUCCAUAAUUGUUUCAUGAUUUGUUUGGACUUCACUUUUUCUUUUGGAAAAUGUAAUUUCAACUUGUAAAGACACAGGAAUAAGCAAAUAAAUUUGAGUGCAUUUUCACACAUUAUUCAGCACUUUAUAUCUUCUGUUGUUAGCCAGAUUAUUACUUUCCGCAGCAAUUAGAAUGCUUUCAUUAAA